AUGACAAUGUACAAGCCGGUGCUUGUCGUGCGCUACGAGAUGGGCAAAGACCGAGAUGACGAGGAGACGUUGCUGCCCACGUCUUCGGGAGGAGAGGUUGGCUCAUCCGCCGCCCCGCAAGCCUCGUUCGCCUUCAAAUGCUAUGUAAUAGCCUCAAUGACGGUGCUGUGGACGGGCUACACAAUCUCCGUGCGCUACACCCGCUCUACGACGAUCCCUGAAGACCUGUACGCCUCGACGACCGUGGUGUUGUGCGCCGAGUUCAUCAAGACGGUCAUCACGCUGGCGAUGAUCUUCAGGGAGGGCAACCUGUCGAUCAGCAAGUUUGGCACGACCCUGCAAAAGCACUACUUUGGGCAACCGUGGGAGCUGGCCAAGAUGUCCGUCCCAUCCGUCGUCUACGCGCUGCAGAACAACCUCGAUUUCGUGGCGCUCAGCAAUUUGGAUGCGGGCGUUUACCAGGUGACAACCCAGCUAAAAGUCGUCACCACAGCCCUGUUCAUGAUGGCGUUCCUCGGCCGGAAGUUCUCCGGCAAGCGCUGGGUCGCGAUUUUCCUGCUUUUCGUCGGCGUCGCUUUUGUACAGCUCGACACUAUCCAACAAAAAUCCGUGGUCAAGGCCGGCAAUGUCGAAAACUACUUUGUCGGGAUUAUCGCCGUCUUGUCGACCUGUUUUACGGCUGGAUUUGCAGGGGUUUACUACGAGAAAAUGCUGAAAGACGGUGGCUCGACGCCGUUCUGGAUUCGGAAUCUGCAAAUGUACAGCUGCGGAGUGAUCGUCACAGCCCUCGGCUGCCUCAACGAGCACAGCGCCAUCCGCGAGAAGGGCUUCUUCUACGGGUACGACGAGAAGGUGUUCAUCAUUGUUGGCCUGCUCUCCGUCGGCGGCAUCUACAUCUCGCUGGUGAUGAAGCACCUCGACAACCUGUACAAAUCGUUCGCCUCGGCCGUGUCCGUCAUCUUUGUCGUCAUCCUGUCGCUGUUCGUCUUCGAGGGCGUCUACAUCGGCGCGUACUUUGUACUCGGGACGGCAAUGGUCUGCUUCGCCAUCCUCAUGUACAACUCGGUGCCUGAA